CCUUAGGUACCGAUCAGCCUGCAGACCCCACGCAAUGGAGGCUGGCUCUGUGGUACGAGCGGUCUUUGAUUUCUGUCCCAGCGUCUCUGAGGAGUUGCCCCUCUUCGUGGGAGAUGUCAUCGAGGUGCUGGCUGUGGUGGAUGAGUUCUGGCUCCUCGGCAAAAAGGAAGGUGUCACAGGGCAGUUUCCUAGCAGCUUUGUGGAACCUGUGGAUAUUCCCCCUAUGAAGCAGGGAGAAAAACUGUUUGUUUGUACCAGUGACUUCACAUCUCAAGAGCCAGGGAGCUUGUCACUGCAAAGAGGAGACCUGGUGAUCCUGGGGGGUUCCCUGGCCUCCAGCUGGCUCCAGGGCCGAAGCAGCUGGGGUUCCAAGGGCUUUUUCCCCUCAUCAUGUGUGCGGGAGCUGUGCCUUUCAACUCGGAGCCGUCAGCUGUCCCAGAGCGCUCUCCUGGAGGUGCCUGCCUACUCGUUGGGCCAAGCCCGGGCCCUGAUGGACCUGUCUGCUCAGCUGGAGGAGGAACUGGACUUCAGGGAAGGGGAUGUGAUCAAUAUUGUUGGCAUCCCAGAGCCUGGCUGGUUCGAGGGGGAGCUCCGAGGCCAGAGGGGCAUUUUCCCAGAGGGUUUUGUGGAGCUGCUUACUCCUCUAAGAGCAGCAGGAACCUCAGAAGAUCCAGAGCCCAGAGGGACUUGUGACACCAAUGGGACAGUGGAGGUGCCCACCAAACAGGAGGAGGACAGCAGAGAAGAUGGAGGGCAGGAGCCAGGGAGCACCUAUGGUGUUGCCCUCUACCAGUUCCAAGCCCUGGAGUCCCAGGAACUGGAUUUUGAAGUGGGUGACAGGAUUCGGAUUGUGGGCAUUCUGGAGGAUGGCUGGCUAGAGGGGGAGCUGAGAGGGAAACGCGGCAUCUUCCCACACAGAUUUGUGAGACUGGAAGCCUCCGACCCCUGCAGGGAAAAGGUGGGUGCUGGAGAUCCCCAGGCUGGAGUCAGCUGUGAAGUAAACAUCCAGCAAGACCCAGAGAGCGCCAUGCUCCAAAGCUCUCCCUUUGCCAGGGAAGGAUGGCAGGGAUGUGGAGGAUGGCUCUAUUGCACACCCUGUGGCUACAAUCAGGCCUUUCCUGACACAGGACUCCAGGGGCCACAUCCCAAAGCCACAGCAGACUCCCUCCCCUCUGACUGCACAAAGACAGUCAAUGGCCUUCAUCCCUCUGCUCAGCUGCCCCCACAGCAGAGCAGCAAGCCUGGCCAAGCAGGUAUGUUGGAGCCUCAGGCCCUGCCCGAGCAUGAUGGAGACAGUCCCGCCAUGCCCCAGCAGGCUCCCUGCUCCCCACCAGACACUUGCAGAAGCCAGGUCAUUUCUCCUCCUAACAGCUGGACAGCACCAGAGCCCCAGGAGAACCAGAGCAGCACCCAGGACUUGGAUGGUUGGGUGGACAGUCAACAGGAGAAGUCCAAAUCUUGUUCUUCCAGCUUGGGAGGUGCCCACGUGGGCUCGGACACCUGGUCUGGGACCUGGGGGGAAUGUUCCCUGCUCACAGCUCAGGGGGACGGCUGCACGGACCUCGACUCCAAACUGACAGAGCAGCUGGCGCAGUUUGAGAAGAGUCUGUCGAGUACCGGUGCUGAGCAGGACAAGGUCUCCCGGCACUUCUCCAUCUUGGACUAUAGCUCAGAGAAGGACAUCGUUCGUGGCUCUCCCGAGCCUGCCUCCCACGCCAAGCCUCCAGAGAGGAGGAAAGCCCUGAGGCCACCCCCUCCUCGGCCCAGCACCCUCACGACAGCCCCCAUGCCCUCGCAGCCCAGCCGCCUUCCCAAAGGCAGGUCCCUGUCCUUCUCGGUGAAGCCCUCCCGGCCCGCACCUCGGCCUCCGUCCAGCAGUCAGCGGAGGAGCCUGGCCCCUCUGCAGCUGCAGCCCAGCGCCCAGGAGCAGCGUGCAGAGGAGGGCCGCGAUGACACGAUGCAGACAGGAGCGGCUUCCCCCUGCUCCAUCCUGCUGACGAGGAUCGGGGAGGUGGAGCGAGACCUGGAGGCUUACGGGAAGACCCGCGCUGAGCUGAGCUUGAUGCUGGAGGAGCAGCAGGAUGAGCUGGUGAGAGCGGAGACCCUGGAGAACCUGGACUUCUGUGAUUCCAACAUUGAGAGCCUCAGCGUGGAGCUGCAGGAGCUGAGAGAGAUGACCCUCCUGUCCUCCCAGACACCCUCCCUGGAGACGUCCUCAGCUGCCACCGAGAGCCCAGAGCACAGGAUGCUGGAGAAGAGGUCCAAGGUUAUUGAGGAACUGCUCCAGACAGAGAGGGACUACAUCCGAGACCUGGAGAUGUGCGUGGAGAGGAUCAUGGUGCCCCUGCAGCAGGCACAGGUGCAGAAUGUAGACUUUGAGGGUCUUUUUGGAAAUAUCCAAGUGGUGAUAAGCUUCUCUAAGCAGCUGCUGUCCACCUUGGAGGCUUCAGAUGCCAUUGGGCCGGUGUUCCUGGCACAGCGUGCAGAACUGGAGAGUGUCUACAGGGUGUAUUGCCAGAACCAUGACGAGGCCAUUGCACUGCUGGAAACUUACGAGAAGGAUGAGAAGAUCCAGAAACUACUCGUGGACCUGCUGGAUAGCCUCAGGAGCCUGUACAGUGAGUGGGGCUGCACAAACUACAUUAACCUGGGCUCCUUCCUCAUCAAGCCAGUGCAAAGGGUGAUGCGGUACCCGCUGCUGCUGAUGGAGCUGCUGAGUGCCACCCCUGAGUCUCACCCUGACAAGGCUCCGCUCACAGCUGCUCUCCUUGCAGUCAAAGAAAUCAACGUCAACAUCAACGAGUACAAGCGUCGGAAGGACCUGGUGCUGAAGUACCGGAAAGGGGAUGAAGAUAGCCUCAUGGAAAAGAUCUCCAAGCUCAACUUCCACUCUAUCAUCAAGAAAUCCAACCGUGUGAGCAGCCACCUCAAGCAUCUCACGGGCUUUGCGCCCCAGCUGAAGGAUGAAGCCUUUGAGGAGACAGAGAAAAAUUUUCGGAUGCAAGAGAGGCUAAUCAAGUCCUUCAUCAGAGACCUUUCACUCUACCUGCAGCACGUCCGGGAGUCAGCCUGCAUGAAGGCGCUGGCAGCGGUCAGCAUGUGGGACCUGUGCACGGAGAAAGGCAGCGGGGACUUGGACCAGUUCCAGAAAGUGAACCGGCUCAUCAGCGACCAGCUCUUCUCCAACUUUAAAGAGCGGACGGAGCGGCUGGUGAGCUCGCCGCUGAACCAGCUGCUGAGCAUGUUUGCGGGGCCUCACAAGCUGGUGCAGAAACGCUUCGACAAGCUCCUCGACUUCCACAACUGCACAGAGCGAGCGGAGAAGCUGAAGGACAAGCGAACGCUGGAGGAGCUGCAGUCAGCCCGCAACAACUACGAGGCCCUUAACGCCCAGCUCCUGGAUGAGCUGCCCAAGUUCCUGUGCUUCGCCAAGGAGCUCUUUGCCAGCUGUGUGCGGGGCUACGCAGAGGCACACUGUGACUUCGUGCGCCUGGCCCUGGAGGAGCUGAGACCCCUGCUGUCGUUGCUGAAGGUGUCUGGCCGGGAGGGGAACCUCAUUGCCGUCUUCCAGGAGGAGCACAGUCGGGUCCUCCAGCAGCUCCAGGCCUUCACCUUCUUCCCAGAGUCCCAGGCAGCUCCCAAGAAGCCUUUUGAGAGGAAGAGCAUGGAGCGUCAGUCUGCCCGGCGGCAGCCGCUCGGUGCCUUGCCCAGCUACCUCCUGCAGUCGGAUGACAUCCGAGCUGCCCUCCUGGCCCGUUAUUCCCCCGACAGCCUCUUCCAGGCAGAGCGCAAUUUCAAUGCUGCCCAGGACCUGGAUGUCUCGCUGCUGGAGGGAGACAUCGUGGGGGUCAUCAAGAAGAAGGACCCCAUGGGCAGCCAGAAUCGCUGGCUCAUAGACAAUGGGGUGACCAAAGGCUUUGUGUACAGCUCCUUUCUGAAGCCCUACAACCCGCGCCGCAGCCAGUCGGACGUCUCUGUGGGCAGCCACUCUUCCAACGAGUCCGAGCACAGCAGCUCCUCCCCGCACAGCAGCACCACGCUGACCUUCAGCCCCAGCGGGGCAGCCGUGGCCUUCACUCAGAAACCCCUGCAGGACUCUGCCUCCCCAGGAGACCCGUACCAAUCCCCGCAGACCCCUUCGCAGACGGACUCCCCCUCUGUGCCCCAGCUCAGCUCUGGUGACAGGACGGAGAGGCUGGAGGCUGGUGUGGUGACAUCUCACGCCGCUACAGCCGCCCAGAGCCAGGCUACAGCCCUGGCCCUCGCAAUGGGCACCCCGCCAAAGCGCGGCUCAGGCCUGUGUCCUCGGUGGAGGACAGAGACUCCGGGCGUCUAUUACGCGCUCUACACCUUCAAAGGCCGAAACACCAACGAGCUGAGCGUGUCAGCUAACCAGAGACUCAGGAUCCUGCAGUUUGAGGACAUCACAGGCAAUCGAGAGUGGUGGCUGGCCGAGGCCCACGGCAAGCAGGGCUAUGUGCCCUCCAGCUACAUCCGGAAGACGGAGUACACGUGAGAGGGGGCAGGAGCCCCUACCCUGUGCCUUGGGACUGUCGGGGGCCCUGCAGCCUCCGCUGCUCACCCCAGGGGGCUGAGGCUGUGCCUCCUUGCAGCCCUGCAGUGCUUCCAGCCCCACCACACUGGCUGCCAUGGACAGGAGGAAGUAUGGGCUGGCAGGGCAGGCGGCUUGCUUGAGGGCAGGGGUGAGUUGCUGUCACCCCAUGCUGUUCAAGCCUCCUGCCUCCAGCCAGGAGCAGGGGAGCAGAGCAUGGGGCCAUGCCCCAGGAGGGAAUGACUCAACCAAGGCUGAGCUGCUGUGGAUUUAAACUGUGGAAGUCUAUUGCUGAGACCCUCUUUAGUGUUAAAAGCAACCUGUGAAUGCAUUCCCAGUGCCUUCUCGGCAGCAGCAGGAACCUGGUCUAUCCUGUCAGUGCAGGACCUCAGGGUGGGACAUCUGUGCUGGCCUGAGGAAGCUGCUCUGAGGAUUGCUGUGAGUAGUUCAGUUUCAGAGCCCAGCCUUCAGGAGCACCCCCAGCAGCACCCCCAUGGGUGCUGUGUCCAUGUGCCUGGUCUCCCAGGGGCUGGGGCCUCUCUAAGCUUUUCUAGCUUAGAACUAGAAACCCCUCCUGGGGGGGUUUCCAGUCUAUUGGGUUCUCAGCUCCCAGAAGAGCCAUAGACCUUGAACACCAUCUUCCCUUGUCAGCACAGUGUCUCCAGUGUCCAAGACCUGCCUCUUUGCUCUAGCAGGGCUGCUCUGGGGCAGGGCGGAAGGCAAAACACAGCCUGUCCUGCAGCCUCAUGUUUCGGGGCUCUGACCAGGAGUGCCUCACCUGUGCCUGCUGCAGGGCACUGGUGAUGGUGCUUGUGUUCUGGGAGGGAUGCAGUGCCCUUUGUGGGGUGGUGUGUCUUACAUGCUGCUGCCAUGUCCUGAAGGAGGAAAGCUCCCUUCUCCUCGGGGCAGUGUUUGUGUCCCCUCUACUGCUGCUCUGUAAAUAAACAUUUGUCCCUUGUAUAUAAGAA